AUGGGGUUCAGAAAUGAGAUUAAAGCAUUGACAGAAGUCCGCCACAGGAACAUAGUCAAGCUCUAUGGAUUUUGUAAGCAUCCCCAAUGCUCAUUCUUGGUGUAUGAAUACAUAGAGAGAGGAAGCUUGGCAAGCAUACUAAGCAGCAACGAAGCGGCCAAAAGAUUAGACUGGGCAAAAAGGGUGAACAUCAUAGCUGGUGUUGCCGAUGCUUUGUCAUGCAUGCAUCAUGAUCAUUCAGUUCCAGUAAUCCAUAGGGACAUCUCUAGCAAGAACAUUUUGUUAUAUUCCGAUUUCAAUGCAUGCAUUUCAGACUUUGGAACAACCAGAUUACUGAACCCAGAUUCAUCAAAUUGGACUGGCGUUGCAGGGACACACGGCUACAUAGCACCAGAGUUGGCAUAUACCAUGAGAGUAACAAAGAAGUGUGAUGUCUACAUCUUUGGGGUGGUAGCUCUUGAAAUUCUGAUGGGAAGGCACCCAGGUGAACUACUAUCAUCUUUGGUUAUUCUCCCAAGUGAAGAGCUUGAUGUAAAGCUCUGGGAUAUGCUGGACCAACGAAUAGCAGCUCCAGGGGACCAGCAAGAAGCAGAGAUGGUGGCUGCUGUAGCCAAGCUUGCAGUCAUUGUCAGCUCUGAGCCAACCUUCUUGCCACGCCAACAAGCUGAAGCUAUUCCCUUCUCGUCCUCCAAUCUCACUACCAUCCUUAAGAUGUUCUUCAUUCAACCCCACCCUGAGCACGCAUCACUUACCAGGCAAAUGCUUGCCGAUUGCGAGAUUCCUGCACUUAAAGGAGAAGUUAAGUACUGUGCAACAUUUCUGGAAUCCAUGAUCAAUUUCGUUGUCGCAGAACUCGGAAGCAGUGAGAUUCAUGCAGUGGUCACUUCCGUUGCUAACAAAGAGGAGAAAGUGAAGGCCAGCACUUACAGGGUAGGUGUUGGUGGGGGGAGGCUGAUGUCCCAUAAAGUGGUGACAUGCCAUGAGACACGGCCAUACAUGGUGCCAUUGGUUGCUGAUGAUGGUAGCCAAGUAAACGCCAUUGUUUUGUGCCAUUUUGAUACAUCAAAUUGGAAUCCUGGACACGCGAGCUUCCGGUUGCUGGGUGUGAAGCCGGGAAUUGUUCCAAUUUGUCACUUCAUUCUGAAGGAUCUCGCCUGGGUCCCCAACUAA